AUGACACGAUUGAGAGCAACAGAUUCUUUAGCAAUACUUGGUCAACUGAGCACCAAUGUCGCCACCACCACCACCACAACGACAGCCGCUACUAACGUAGCGUCGGUUGCCAAGUCCAGCACAAACGGAAAUAAAAGACCAACCAUCAUUAUUUAUCCAACUGUUACACCCGAAUCAAUAGUCAUCCCGAUUGUUUCCUGUAUAUUUGGAUUUCCAUUGCUGGCAUUAACAGUUAUUUGUUGCCUUAGACGAAGGGCAAAAUUAGCCAGAGAACGAGCAAGACGUCGUAACUGCGAAUUAGAUCGUGGAGAAUUAUCAGUGGUACGACUAUCGCCGGUAAAGAGCCGAGUACGUGCCGUGAGUCUAGUGCGCACUCCUCGACCAUUACCAACUCUUGAGCUCGACACAGUACUAGAAGAACGUUCCGAUCCUGAACAGACUACACUUUCGCAAGUAGACAUCACACCGGACCGAGAAGUGGGUACGAUAUUAUUCAGUGCGAUGGGCGCGGUAGGUACAGCGGCAGCUGCAGCGGUGGCAUGCGCUCGAGACAGCUAG